AAUACAAAGUAUUAAACCACUGGAGCGAAUGAUAUCUAUAUACCAAUCUAGGAUCAGGGACGAUUAGGAGACUCGACGAAAAUGGGGGACUUGUACGCCUUGGACUUCGAUGGAGUUCUGUGUGAUAGCUGUGGGGAGAGCUCUAUCUCCGCCGUCAAGGCUGCUAAGGUGAGAUGGCCUGGUUUAUUUGACGGCGUGGAUUCAGCCACAGAAGAUUGGAUUAUCGACCAGAUGUAUGCGGUGCGACCAGUGGUGGAAACUGGAUAUGAAAACGUUUUGCUUGUGAGGCUGUUGCUUGAGACAAGAACACCUUCCAUCAGGAAGUCUUCGGUUGCGGAGGGGCUCACAGUUGAGGGUAUAUUGGAGAACUGGCUUGCGCUGAAGCCCAUUAUCAUGAAAGAAUGGGGUGAAGAAAAUAGGGAUGCUCUAAUAAAUCUUUUUGGGAAAAUCAGAGAUGAAUGGUUGGAGAAUGAUUUCACUACUUGGAUUGGUGCAAACAGAUUCUAUCCUGGCGUUACUGAUGCACUGAAGUUUGCAAGCUCAAGAGUGUACAUUGUCACCACAAAACAGAGCCGUUUUGCUGAUGCUUUGCUUCGAGAGCUUGCUGGUGUGACCAUUCCGCCAGACAGAAUAUUUGGCCUUGGAACUGGCCCAAAGGUGGAAGUGCUGAAGCGGCUUCAGAAGAAACCAGAGCACCAAGGGCUCAGACUUCACUUUGUUGAAGAUCGGCUAGCAACCUUAAAAAAUGUUAUCAAGGAGCCUGAGUUGGACGGAUGGAAUUUGUAUCUAGUGGAUUGGGGGUACAACACUCAAAAAGAGAGAGAGGAAGCGGCAACUAUUCCCAGGAUUCGCCUUCUUGAGAUCUCUGACUUCAGUAAGAAGUUGAAGUAAGCGGUUUGAUAAUAAUUGAAUUAAUUAUUUGUUCGAUGUCAUUUAUAACUCCAGCAAUCAAGAGAUUCAGAAAAUUUUCUUUAUUUUCAUUCUUGUUAAACUGUACUGUUAUGUGUCCCUGCUAGUGGAAACUAGGAUGUCUCAAAUUACUUGCGGAGUCGAACAUAAUUUUUAUUCCUGAAACAACGCAUAAAAAAAUCUUGCAUUGGAAAGUACUAAUGAUUUCACA